AUGCUCAGUGAAAUCUAUCUGGCAUGUGAAAAUGGUGAUGCAGAUUUAGUUCAAGCAUUAAUUAAAACAUCUCCAUCGAAAUCCGAUCUAAAUAAAGUAGAAAUCAAUGGAAAUACUGCUUUACAUAUUGCCUCAAGCCAAGGUCAUGUGAAUAUUGUCCAACUUCUUUUAUAUGAAUACCAUGUUUAUCCAUAUGCAGUGAAUAACAGUGGUUUAACCGCUUAUCAAGAAGCAUCUAACGACGAAAUUCGUCAACUUUUUCAUUUACUUGAAAGGGAUCAUUAUCGAUUUGCAAGUAAUGAAAGCAUUUCGAAUCCAUUUGAGGUGAUCAACGACCAACAUCGCCAAAAAUCUCAUUGGCUUCAUCACUAUUCUAGUACGCGUCCUAUUUCUAUGGAACUUCUUCCUGAAAUAUGGACCAAAGAUUGUGAUUUUUAUACUGCUGUUUUUAAUGCGGUCAAUUCUUUCCUUUUUGGAAUUGAUCCUGAUAGAAAAAAAUUCGAAGAAUGGACAAAGAAUAUUCAAUCGAUAAUUGAUCGAACUUUUACAUUUCCACAUUCGCAAUAUUUUCAUGCGUGCGAACUGCUGCAAGCCUUUAUCAGGACAAGAGAAAUUGAAUAUCUUUUGAAGCUAUACACAUUAGAUAAGUUGUUUUCUCAAAAUCUGGGAAACAAUUUACAUUAUACAGAGUGUUUCUAUGCACCUAUCCAUUUUUCUUUACUCACAGUGAAAAAUCGUUCGUAUCGAGGUCGUUCUUAUCGUGGAUUAACCAUGACAAGAAAGGAUUUAGAUGAAUAUAAAUAUGCAUUUAAUCACAAAGAAAGUUACGUCAAAACGAAUACAUUUUGUUCAACAUCCGUCGAUCGACUAGUUGCAGAAGUAUUUGCUGAUUCGGGAAAUGUAGAAGAUGAAAAAGUCAAAGUAUUGAUGAUAUUUGAUUUUGAGCAACCAUGUUCAACAGCGAUUACCCUGUUCGCACGUCAACCUAAUUUUCAAUCGAUCAGCGAGUGGGAAGAGGAACGAGAAGUUCUCGUUCUUCCUGGAACGAUCUUUUCUGUUACAAACGUUGAAGAAUAUGAACAACGUCAAUUCGACCACGUGUAUCUCAAACAUCAUAGUACCGUAGAAGAAGAAGCUGAUAUAGCGGAAGCUAAACUUCAAAGUUUUAUAGAAACUUUUUGUACGGAUUAA